AUGUCUGAUAAUAAAACCGUACAAUUAGUGAAAGCAAUCGAAAAGUUUCCAUGCCUAUACAACUACAAUAUGCCAGAAUACUUAAAAAAGGAUUUUAGUGAUAAAGCAUGGCAAGAAGUUGCUAGUCAAACUCAGCUCGCGGUUGGGGAAUGCAAAGAAAAGUGGAAAAAUCUAAGGUACGGCUUGCUGCGAAGUUUAAAACUAAAUCCAGAUGGAUCAGAAAAAAAGAAAUAUUAUUUACAUGAUGACAUGGAAUUCGUGCUACCAUUUAUCAGAACUUACAGAGCUGACCCUAUAGUUUUCCAACAAGUAGACGCUGAAACAGAUGAGGAAAUGAAUGGUCUUAACGAUCAAGAUAAUGAAAGUGCCCCACUGCAAAUUCAAUAUCAAGAAAUAGAAAUAUCUGAACCACCAAGAAAGAGAUCAAGAGAGAAAACUAAUGAUAAUUUUAUAAAAUAUUUGCAACAAAAGCCAAGUAAUAUUUCGAACAACAAUGAAGUGAGUGACGAUUCAAGAAAAAUGUUCUUAUUAAGUUUGUUGCCUGAAGUUAACGCAUUAACCGAAUGCCAAAUGAGAAUGUUCCGAAGAAAAAUUUUUUCACUGUUAGACGAAAUUGUAGAUAGUCCAAGUCAAUACGAGACGUGUUUAUUUCAAUGGCAAAAAGAAUCCAUGAAUCAGGAAUCACACAAAAGUUCAGAAACAAUUAAACAGGAACCACUUUGA